AUGGCCCGUUGGUCGGCGCGCCGGUGGCGUCGCCGGCGGCCGCUCGAUCUCGGGGUCCCUCCUUGGUGGGCGCCGCAGUCCGAAGUCGAACCCCACAAAGAUUUCUCUGUGCAAAGCCCGCUGAGGCGACAUGUCUGCGGGAGGACGAUACUGCGAGUAACAGUGCAAGGCAGUGCAGGGUGCGGUCCGCCCGAGCGGCGAGACGCAGGCAGUUUACUGCACAUGCGUCGCUUAUUGAUCUCUUGCAUCUCGCAGCCCCGGAAUCUGUCUGCGUUCAAG